UGGCUUCUCCCUCUGCUGUAAUUAGCGCCUCGCGUCUCGUUUUAAACUGCACGAGAGGUGGCGGCGGAUCCCUAAAACAACGAUGGCAGAAGGAGGAGAAGCAGCGGUGGCAGCAGCAGCGCAGAACGUACUUGUGGACUACAUGGAGAUGUACAGUCAUAAGAACCGUCUGAUGACCUUUGUCGACUGGCCGUUCCUCGAAGACUGUCUCUGCACACCGGAAAUGAUGGCACGCGCAGGCUUUGUCCACUGCCCCAGUGAAAACGAGCCGGACGUUGUGCGUUGCUUCUUCUGCCUGACGGAGCUGGAGGGCUGGGAGCCUCAGGAUGACCCCUGGCUUGAGCACUCCAAGCGCAACCCAAAAUGUGGCUUUCUGCAGUUGAAGAAGGACUACAAAGAGCUGCUGGUGGACGAGUACUUCAUGCUGGAGAUGGAGCGUCUAUGCAUCUACAUUAGGAAAAAGUGCCGGCAGCAGAUCCAGAAAUUUGAGGACGAAGUGGAGCUUACCCGGAAAAACCUCGAAACCCUUUUCAAAUCGACAAAACCCACAAGAGUCCGCGGCAACAGCAGGCGGCUGUCCCAGAGAAGAAUGGAAAAGCAGAACUCUCAGAACUGAAAGAUGAUGGACGGGUCAGUGGUGGAGAAAUGAGGCCAUCUUCCUAUUGUAGGCUCCUUGAUAACAGGACAUU